AUGCGCCCGUUGCCCCAGCUCUGCAUCCGCCAACUGCACAACCGCAUCCCGCAGCGGCCAAUCCCCGAGCCGACGCCCUUUGUGCCCGACGUGCCGACCUUCCUGACGCUGAUCGGCCGCAAGCUCUCGGCGCACGCCUCCAAGAUCCCCGACUGGGCCGCGCUGUUCACCCUCUCGUCGGAACAGCUGCGCGAGCUGGGCGUCGAGCCCCCGCGCAGCCGCCGCUACCUGCUGCACUGGCGCGAAAAGUUCCGCAACGGCGAGUUCGGCGUCGCCGGUGACGCAAAGUAUGUUCACGACGGCGCCGCCCUCGUCCAUGUCGUCGAGCAUCAGGGCCGCCCUGCUGCCGGCGCAGCGCCCGCCCUCGCGACCGCCACUUCCUCCCCUGGCGCCCGCAAGCUCGCCGUCAAUGUCUCCUCUCCCACCCCCACCGCCGACCAGCUCAAGUCGGGAAAGCCUCUGCGCGGCAUCAGCGUGCACGGCGCCCACACGAUUGUAGGCCCGCACGUCGAGGCCGUCAAGGGCGGCAAGGGCGUCCUCGGGCGGAUAGUGGCCAAGGAAGGGCUGUGGGAGGAGCGGAGGGGGCACAAGGUUGACGGUGGUGAGCGGAGGAAGGCCGAGGUGCGCGCUAAGAGGCGCGCUGAGGCUAACAGGACAUAG